AUGAUCACAAGAAUGGCACCGCUUCUUGUCAUUGUUAUAAGGGAGCAUUGUAUCGAAAUGAUGCUUUUGAGAGCAAGGAUGCGGUUGGCUGUUUACCACUACUUGCAUUAUUUGAUGUCACAGAUUAAAAUUGCACCUGAAUUAUUUAGUGAAGCUGCAUACAAGACGGCUAGUACAGAAGCGCAUGUGUUCUUAAAGGUCAUCGAAGGUUUGAUGCGUCUUGAGCUAAAAGAAAACGCCUCUGAAAUUGACGUGAUCGCUGUUAUGAAGACUAGGCAAGCUAUAAGGAUGAUGAGCUUUCAGUUGCAGGAAAUUCUGAAUACCCUCAAAGCGGAAGGCUUCAUGCCACCAGAUGCCAAGGAGAAAUGGAGCGAGGUAGUUUCCGAACUGCAUGACAGAGGCGACGGAAUUUUGUGGAUACCGCAAAUCGCAUUUCUGUAUGUUUUCAAUAACAAAGUGUAG